AUGACGGACGAUCAGCGAACGACCACGAUGAAAGCUGUCAACGAUUUCGGCUUUCUGAAGUUGCAGGAAGUGCUGAUGGAUGCCCCGGAAAAGAAGUUGAUGUGCAUCCAUGCUAAGAGCACGGCCGAAGGUGACGAAAACCAAGGCGCGGAUGCAGUAGUGAUCUUCGAAAAGCACCCAUUCACGGUAGCCUCUAUCGAGAAGAUACUCAGCGGUGACGUGCGCAUGACGUUGCUCAUGGAGAAUGACGUCUACAGAACUUACGACCUGCUGGCACCACAGGAACUGAAUGUCAUCAAAAGUACUCUUAUUUACCCGGCCACCGAAAGGCAUAUAGAAAAGUGGAGGGUACAUGACAUGGAGAUGGUCGAAGAAAGCGCGGCCACUUACAAAGCUGUCACGUUGCCUUUUCUGCAAAGCAAUCAGUUUAGCAUUCAGUGGGUUUACAACAUCCUAGAAGGUCGGGCUGAAAACGAUCGCAUAAUCAUGGACGAAACCGACCCGAAAGACGGCUUUGUGCUCGCUCCGGACCUAAAAUGGGAUGGCAAGACGCUCGAGAACCUGUAUGUAACGGCGAUCGUUCGACAGCGAGGCAUCAGGUCUGAGGCGAUCGAGAAGCGGUACGACGUUAGGCGAUCGUCCUUGCGCAUUUUCUUGCAUUACCAGCCAACGUACUACCAUCUACACGUGCAUUUCACGCACCUGAAAAGCGAAACCAUGAGUCAAUCUGCCGGCAAAGCCAUCUUACUUGAUGACGUCAUCGACAACGUUCAGCUCUUGUCCGAUUACUAUGCGACAAAGACGAUGCACUUUGUCCUGAAAACCAACGACCCGUUGUAUCUAGAAUUUGUUGCUAAAGGUGUAAUAAAAUCUGCGUAA